AGGGCAUCAACCGAUCCUGGCAAUCCUCAGUCGUGGCUCAAGCUUCUGUAUGAAAAUUAAUCUACAAUGAAGCUGAUUCCUGUAAUGUUGCUGCUGCUUGUUUGUUCAGAUUGUUUCCUCACAGAGGACACCAAGGAUCCAGAUUUAGUUUGCCCAUCCAGGGCCAUAGGAGCAGUGAAAAGUGAGGACGUCCUACUGCCAUGUCACCUGGAGCCACCAAUGGACGCUUCAGCAGAAACAGUAAAAUGGAAACAAGGGAAUCAUGUUGUCCACCAUCAUCAUGGGGGAAAACAUGAUUCUUCAAAGCAAUUGGAGCAUUUCAGAGGGCGGACGUCUCUGUCCUCUGAAGGGCUGACCGAAGGAAAUCUGUCCCUCACGCUGUCCUCAGUAGACCUCCUUGAUGAAGGAAGAUAUAAGUGCUCUGUUCACACCGAGUCCAUGAAUAAAAUGUGUUAUAUUAAGCUCAAUGUUGAACCAAAUGUAGUCUGCCCCUCUGAGCACAUUGAAGUGACAGCGGGUGAUGAUGUCAUCCUGCCAUGCCGCCUUGAGACGCCCGCAGAUGCCUCUGGAAAAACACUUCAGUGGAGACAAGGAAACAACAUAGUUUAUGAAAAUGAAAAACAUGACACUGCAAAGGAAAAAGAGAGAAAUACAGAACGGUUAUCGCUUUUCCCCGAGGAACUGGCUGCAGGAAACCUUUCCCUGAAAAUCUCUGCAGUGCGUCUCGAAGACAAUGGAAAAUACCAAUGCAGCUUAAUUUCACAAUUAGUAGAGCAAAAGGAGUUGCUCUAUUGCUCUAUUUUUGUCACAGUAGUUUCUGCAGGUGACAGAGAGGUUGUGGGUCCAGAUGAACCAGUCACAGUGGAGGUGGGACAGGUUGCUGUCCUGCCGUGUCAUUUGGAGCCUCCGUCUUCUCUCUCAGAUCUGACUCUGGAGUGGACAGUCAACAACUCCAAGGUGCACAUUCACAGAAGUCACAAAGACAAUCCCUCCAUGCAAGAUGAGAGAUUCAGAAACAGAACAUCUCUCUUUAACUCGGAGCUGGAUCGUGGUAACAUUUCCCUUAUGCUGAAAAAUGUCACCACAGAAGAUGCAGGAAACUAUUCCUGCUUCGUUCCCAAGUUGGAUGGGAAAGUCAGGAGGGUGAAUGUUACUUUGAAUGUUGUAAAGACAGAUCAGUGUACUUGUCCAGUUCCUCCCCAUAAAAAGCACAAUAACGAUGAAGAACCAUCUCCUUGCAAGACAAUUGCUCUGUAUCUUGGUCUGGCUCUGGGACUGGGACUGGGUUUUGGCUUACCUUUGGCCUUCUGCAUAAUUUUUUACUUAUGGAAGAAAUGUGGAGGAAGAUUAAAUGGAUUUGCAGAACCAGAAGGAGAAAAUCAGAACAAUCUGAGAGCGAUGCCACAUGGUGAUAAUGACGGUGAAUGACUUGGACCCAAAGAGGCGGCUCACCAAACAUCGACUUCUAAGUUAAAAUAAACAAAACUGUUAAUUUCAUGUUCUGUGCAACAACAAA